AUGUCUUCCCAAGAGCCCAGCAAAGUAUCUGGUCAAUUCCACUCUGUCAAGGGUACCGCCGUCGAGACAAUCGGCGACAUGACCGGGUUGCAAUCUUGGUCGCAGUCGGGUAAAGAAGAACAUGCCAAGGGGGAGGGCGAGUACAACGCCGCCCAAGCCAAGGGAUACGUGGAGGGUGAUUCAGUCGUCGGCGCUGUGACUGGCGAUAAAGCCCAGCAGACAAGUGGGAACAUUAAGAACGAGAAGGGUCAGACGCAGCAAGAGAUCAACAAGCCUACAUAA